AGCCACUCAUUGUUUUUGCUGAGGAAGAGAGAGAGGCAGGAAAAGAUGCAGAUAUUCGUGAAAACCCUUACUGGCAAGACCAUAACCCUCGAGGUUGAGAGCAGCAACACCAUUGACAAUGUCAAAGCUAAGAUCCAAGACAAAGAAGGAAUCCCGCCGGACCAACAACGUCUCAUCUUCGCCGGAAAACAGCUCGAAGAUGGCCGUACCUUGGCUGACUACAACAUCCAGAAAGAAUCAACGCUUCAUCUCGUUCUGAGGUUGAGGGGUGGAAUUAUUGAGCCUUCUUUGAUGGCUUUGGCUCGCAAAUACAACCAAGACAAGAUGAUUUGCCGCAAGUGUUAUGCUCGUCUGCAUCCGAGGGCUGUGAACUGCCGCAAGAAGAAGUGUGGUCACAGCAAUCAGUUGAGGCCUAAGAAGAAGAUCAAGUAGACUAUGACAUGGCUUAUCUUCUCUGCUUUAAAACAAUUUGAAUACCAGACUUGGAAAAUAUUUCCAUUUAGUCCUUUGCUAUUAUUCUAUUUUGUUGAGAUUUUAUGUAUGGAUUCUUGAUUUGGUAAUUGACGCAGAGUUUAAGUUAAAAUAGAUGUUCAAAUG